ACCACAGCCACCAGACAUCACACAUCAGUCACUUGACAGUCACUCGACAGAAUUGCUUUCAAAACCAGCAGUCAACUGACCUGAUAGCAGUUCUCCCCAGCCGACCUCAUCUCACUCAACCGUCAAAAUGCCUCCCAAAGCCAACCAGGACAUUGCCGGGCAGAUGAACUUCCUCUUGACUUGCAUCAAGCACUCGACGAAUGGCAAAAUCAACUGGACCGAAGUGGCCGAGGAGCUCAGCAUCGUUUCCAAGGCGGCCGCCGCCAAACGCUACGAGCGCCUCCUGAAAUCGCACGACAUCCAGCCGCCCAAGAACUACGGCUCCUUGACCGAUGACGUGGGCGCCAGCGGCGCGAGCAGCCCGGUCAAGGCCAAGACUCCUCGGGCUCCCCGCACCACUAAGCGCAAGAGGGCCACUGCGACCGUGAACUACAACGAGGAUUCCGGCAAUGAGAAUGGUUCCGCUGACAACCGUGAGCCCUUCACGUACAAGGCGGAGCCCGAGGAUUCCGAUGACGAGGAGAAGAAACGCCCGCUGAAGAAGGAGAAGACUACUCCUGAUGUGCAGACCAAGCAGGAGGAGGAUGAGGAUGGUGAGUCUGACUACUUUUCUUGUUUCUCCGAUGAUGUCGAUCUUCUCGUUGUUGAAGACAUUGAGGCAGAGUACACCCGGUACAGGUGUGAGGGAAAAGGAUACGAUGUGCUAAUGGAUGUUGUUGGGAGGAUAGAGGGCGAGGACAACUACAAGUAUGAGGGCGAGAUCUGAGAAUCCCACAUACAGCUGGUCGGCCACUGGGCAGAUAACCGAUGACACCAAGACGCGGAGGAAAAUGGUGGUUCAUGUUGAUACAGUGCGAUGAAGGAUCUGGAUGGUGUUUGAGCAUGGAGUUGGGGCUUUUUAGUGUGCUUUUGCUCUUUGCUCUGUGCCAGUUCAUCAGUUGUACUGGGGUCACUGCGGGAUUUGAUACUUUGGGCAUCAGAACAGGCGGCGCUUGGGUUUGGGAAAGAUGAUGGUAAUGGUUGCUCGAACUGUGGAGGAUGGU